AUCCUUGUCAAACGCAUACGUAUCGAACAUCAUAUAGGUAUUGUCAUACUCCUUACACUCGCACACAUUCAUUCGUUUUGCGUUGUUUCAAUCCACACAUAUACAUAUGCACAAUGUGUACGCUGCAGACGGGAGUAAAAAAUCCAAACUCUCACGUUAUACACACGUGUUUCACGCAAACACGAUGCACGCGUGCAGGCUCAAUUGGUUCGUGCAUAUAGAAGAAGAAGCAAGAAAAAAAAAAACAAAAAAAAUUUCUCUGUCUCUCUAUAUGUGUGUAUCAUAUCGUCAGUGCUACGACUAUAUAUGACAGAUCAGUGCAUGAGCUAAAGGAAAAGCUCUCGAAACACACAUAAAUCGAUCGAACCGAGUCACAGUGAGCGAAAUCAAGAAGAACAAAACUCAAAACAAAUCAGCAACAACGUCAAAACCAAGCGACACAAACAAGGUACAGACCCCAAAAGAAUAUCUAUAAUUUUUAUACAUAUUUUAUUGUGAUUCAUUCAUCGAUAUUGAUAUAGCAGAAAAAAAAAGAAAUAAAAUAGAAACGUCUAGCGAAAAAAAAGUAUUAGCCAAAAAUCAAAAAUCGAAUGACAGAGUGAAGAAGAAGAAGAAGAAGGGAAAAAAAUGAAACGAAAAGGCAUUAUUAUUAUUUGAUAUACAAUUAUUUUUUUUCGUGUGUGGUGUGUGAAAUAAACAAAAACAGGGCAAAAAUGAAUUGAAAAUGAAGCAAAUGAAAGAAAGAAGAGAGCGAAAAAAAGAGUAGCAGCAGCGACGACGACGACGUUUUAAACGACAACGACAACGACAACCAAUGAAAUAACAAUAACAAUUUAUUUCUGAUUCAGUGAGUGUUUGUGUUUUUGAUUGUUUGAGUGUACGGCGGACAAUUGUUUCUGCCUCGAUCGAGCAGAAGAAAAAAAAGUGUUUAGUGUCGAAAAAUCAAGAAAAAAAAAAAGACAGUCGAAGAAAAUCGGCGACACAGUCAGUCAACUAAAACUUCAAAACGCGGAAAACACUCCGAAAUUGGCCAAUUUAGUUGUUCUGUUUUUUUUUUCUGUACUGUGCUACUCUUCUUUCAUUUCGUUCUGAUUCGCGAAUGAAUCAUACACAGCAUCAGACAUAGAGCUAAACAAAAUAGCAUAAAUUUUUUUUUUAAUAUUUCGGUUGGUUGGAAUUGAUCCUGUGCUAUUUAUUUAAUUGUUGUUUUUUUUUUUGAAGUGUCGAUGAAUAAUCGAAAAUCGAUGAGUGAGAGAAAGAGAGCAAUGGGGAAAAAUAUUUUUGAUUCGUGUUAAGAGAAAUAUAUGGUGAAGUAUAUGUGUGUGAUUGUGCUAAGCACAGCGAUAUCAUUGAACUAUAUUUAAUACAAAAGAGAGAGAAAAAUAUUGAUAUAUACGAUACGUAAUAAGCCAAAGCAAACGAAAAGAAAAGAAGACGAAGAAGAAGAAGAAGAAGGAAAAAAACGUCAAGCAGCGAAAACGCCUGACCUACCCACAACAACGCAACCAAAGUGAAAAUCAAUUUCGGAUUCUCUUUCUCCUGCCUGUAUUUCCAUUGGCGUCCGUGCAAAUGUUCGAACAACGAAAUAUGGUUGAUUAAUUUUGUGUUCGGUUAUCAGGCUAAAAAAAAAAAACAAAAUAAACAAAAUUGAGAGAAAAAAAAAAUGUACGCAGUGGCAAGUCAUACGUAUCAAGUGAAAACACUCAUUUUGGAAUCAAAAGCCGAUACAAGUUCUUAGAAAUUCGAUCCACUCUUGCAUUUAAUCCACACAAUUGAUAGCUGUUCAAACGACGAAAAAUCAAAGCAAAACCUCCAGAAAAAAAAAACGAAGAAGAAGGAGCAGCCUCACUCAGUGAAUCAAAAUUUGUCGGCUGAAUCAUGAUAGUUUCGAACUUUUGAAUACCAUCCAAACCACAAUCGAAACCGAUUACGACCGCGUUUUCAUCAUAAAUAAAAUAAAUCACAUUCACACGCAAAACGAAGCAAAAGAAAAAUAUUAUCAUGAUGAAUAAAAAAAAAACCGAUGAUUCAAUGAGGUUCAGCAUUUUGUGAUAUGUAAACGUUUAAAUAAAUUUAUCGUAUAUAGUUUAACAUAAAGAAAAAAUCAAGUGAUAGCUGCUUAGCAAGAAAUUGAAAUAAUCACACAUAAAAUACACAACAUUAAAUCGAAACCGAAACCGAGAGAAAGAAACAAAAAACAAAAUAAUAUAAAUUUAACAUGCAUACGACUAAUCCAGGGUAUUUGCGGUGCAGCAAUCAAACGGGAUGCCAGUGAGAGUUUGAAAGGAUAGUUUCGCGUAGCGACACAAACAGCAACAAAAGCAUUUUUGGUGGUGUAGCACCAGAAAGGAAGUCUAGCAGCUACGACAACGAUUACUGCGUCAAAAGAACAACCAACAUAUAACUCAUAUAAACAACGGCAAGAAUUUAAUUAAUUUUCAUCAUCGUCACAUUUAUAUAUGUACAAUAAUAUAUGCAUAUAAGAUUGAAUAUGUGUGAGUGUGCGUCUUUGUGCGCGCGCGACACACACAGUGUUUAUAUACCAUUGAAUCAAAUAGCAAAUCUUAAUGCACAAGUGAGAUGCGGCGUGCGUGUGCACACAGCCGUUUAAAAUGAGGACAAUUUUCUAUGGACAAUUCUCAUUUGAACUUUUAAAAUAUCAGAAGAAACACGUCGUUUAGUGUUCGUCCUGAAAACGCGUAAAUCAACUGGCUGACCGCGUGAGAGAGAGAGAGAGAGAGAGAGAGAAACAAACACUCGCGGAUGCGCUCAUAGCCGUUUUAUUUUUCCUUCUUUCCGUUCCGUUAUUUACUUUUCUUUGUAAAUUUUUUUUUUAUUCACUGUUUUAAUCAUUUUCUUUCCGUCGAAUUGUACUAUUUUCUCGGUGUUUUAUUUGUGUGAAAAUUUAAGAAGAACUGUUUUUCGGUUUCAACAUUUGCAUCUCAAUAUAUGCAGUUUUGAAAUUGUGUUUCCGAAUAAAAGAAAUAAAAGAAAAUUUUAAAAAAUCAGUGCAGUGUGUAUAAAGUGUGUGAUUCAAUAAUCAGAUUUCGGUGCAAAUCAAUCGGUAGCCGCAAUAAUGCGGCACAAACGAGUCACUAAUAAAAAGCAAUCAGUUAAUCAACGUUUAGAUAACAAUAGCCAUACAAGCCCACAACAUCAAGAAUCAUUCGCAAAAAACUGCGAUAUUUGCAAUGCAAAAACAGCCCGUGCCCAAGGAACACUCAAAUCGGCGUCAUCGCUUCAGACAAAAAAUCUUACAAAAACUACCGUCGUCACUAAUAAUCCACGCGUAGACGAAGACUCAAUUUUUAUUAGCAACAAUUGUUCCACUUCUCACCAAAUUACUCUAUCCUCAUCAAAGUCACUCGAGUCGAGAGAAAAAGCAACUGCAUCUCCAUCUCCAUCUGUCAUAAAACACAAUUCUGUAUCGCGGCAACCGUUAAAAGGAAGGGGCGAAUUAUCAUCAGCGGGUGCGUCAGCAACGCAGCUAAAUCAUCUAAAUCCACGUGAACGAAAGACUGGAACUGUUUGCGCACCGAUUGCUGCACAAUUGUCGAAAACAGCAUCGAAUGCCAUACGUUCGAAUUCAACACAGUUGAAUCAACAACAGCAACAAAAUCAAAAAUCUGUGAACACUUCUUCGAGUCAUAAUAACGCAGGUUCAGCUGAAAAUCAGCAGCCACAAAUUGGUGAUAGUAAUCAUUUGCAAAAUUUAUCGAAAACGGGUUCAUUUCUAAGUCAUUUGGCCCGGGAAUUGUCCGGUGGUCGUGGCAGCAGUAGCUCAACGGCUAGUGAUUUACCUGCAAUGAAAUCAACCAGUCGAAAUAAUUCGAGCGGUAGCAAUAGUAGUGGAGCGGCAGCGAUAUCGGCCGGAAAACAGCAACGUUUACGAAAACAACAGCAACAACAGCAUAGCUGUAGCGAGGGCAGUGUUUGCGAGGAGGCUCGCGAAAUCGACGACAUUCAAAGCAAUAAAUCGAUGGCUAACGAGCCUCCGGCGACAAAGACAGAGGCACCAACAACCAGCACAAACAUUGAGACAUCCGACGAAAACGAUACGAAAAUGUCGAACGAUGGGGUCUCAGAUGUAUCAACAGACUUAGCAUUAAAUAACGGUGGUGAUAAUGAUAAAAUAGUUUCCAGUGGCCGUGAAUCGAGCGCUUGUAAUGCAAAUGAACAUUUAAUAGAUGUGCAUAAGUUAGAUAAGAAUGAACAGCAAAUAGAUAGUCAGUCAACGUCAGAUCAAGUGAAGGAAGCGGCUGCGGUGAUGAUGGAGGCAACGACGCCGGCGGCUAGUUCAAUGGCCGGAAAUAAAGAUGCAAUAGGUGCAAAACUUUCAACAGAAUGUACGAGUACUGCGCUGCUGGAAGUAAGAUCGCCGGAUGAAACGCAGCGAAAUAAUAUGCAUCGACGUUUCAUUCGCAAGAGUUUGGAUGCCGCGACAAAUAAUUUAUUUUAUUCGAAAAAUUUGUUCAUCGAUUCGGACACCAUCGAAACGGAGUAUCCACGUAAUUUGGAUGAUAAUAUUGAAUUGUUGAGCACAGAGACUGAAAUAUUAGAGGCGCAAUUUAUUCCAUCGGAUGAUAAAUUCCUGCAGUUCGAUGUGGCAUUUGGGCCGCAAGACGAGCAUAAAUUGGAACAGGAGCCAAUCGGAACGGAAGAUGAUGAGGAACCGGUGGGUGUAUCGCCGUGCGGUCGAUUCUUCAAAUAUGACAAAGAGGUUGGCCGUGGCUCAUUCAAGACUGUGUACCGUGGACUAGACACGCAAACUGGUGUUGCUGUCGCCUGGUGUGAGCUGCUCGACAAAAAGGUGAACAAAGCGGAGCGGCAACGGUUUCGCGAAGAGGCGGAAAUGUUGAAAAAACUACAACAUCCGAACAUUGUACGAUUUUACAAUUACUGGGAGGUGGCCAAUGGCAAAAAGAAGAAUAUCGUCUUGGUCACGGAGCUCAUGUUGUCCGGCACCCUAAAAUCGUAUUUGCGACGCUUCAAAAAAAUCACACCGAAAGUAUUAAAAUCAUGGUGUCGGCAAAUUUUAAAAGGUUUAUACUUUUUACACACACGAUCACCGUCUAUCAUUCAUCGUGACUUGAAAUGUGAUAAUAUUUUCAUAACCGGCACGACCGGUAGCAUAAAAAUCGGCGAUUUGGGCUUGGCCACGCUAAAAAAUCGUAGCUUUGCCAAAUCCGUGAUCGGCACACCGGAAUUUAUGGCCCCGGAAAUGUACGAAGAAAGUUAUGACGAAGCGGUCGAUGUGUACGCCUUCGGUAUGUGCAUGUUGGAGAUGGCCACCUCUGAGUAUCCAUACAAUGAGUGCGCGGGUCCGGCUCAAAUCUACAAAAAAGUGGUGUGUGGCAUCAAACCGGUGAGCUUCGAAAAAAUUGAAAACCCAGAAGUCAAAGAUAUUAUCGAUCGUUGUACGAAAUUACGGAAAGAAGAUCGACCCAGUUGCCUUGACCUAUUGAACUCGGAUUUCUUUUGCGAAGAUUUGGGCAUUAAACUUGAACCGAUCACAAAGCAACAGUUUCUGCUGAGCACCGCGUGUAAUAAUAUCGAAUUUCGAUUGCGGCUAAUGGAUCCAAAGAAGCGAACAUCCAAGCACAAAGAAAACGAGGCCAUUCAAUUUGAUUUUGAUAUCACGACUGAUAAUGCGGAUGAGCUGGCGAGCGAGAUGUUCAAAUCGAAUAUUAUCAAUGAAGAAGAUUCAAAAGCGGUGGCAAAAUUGAUCAAAGUACAAGUGGCUGCGUUGAUCAAACAAAGGCGCGAAUUGAUGGCACAGAAACAGGUCGAUGGCCAAAAACCGCAUUUGAGAUCGAAAGCGUUGCGUGCCCAGCAAAUGUUGGCCUUUCAAAAGGCAGCCGAAAUCAAUGAAGAGGACGAUGAUGAAGAGGAGUCCGAUGAAGUGGAAGAAGAGGAUGAUGAGUGCGAAGAGUACGGUUACAUACCCGGUGAGAUGAUCAACGCAACGGACGUACUGGUAUUGGGCAAUAGACGUGCCAAUAUUCAGUCGAAGGAUAGUGGCCUUGUGCAACAAUCUAGUCUGGAUGAUGCAAGCAUACCCACGGUUAGCUACGAUCAAAACGUUCUGACCACAAUCGUUUCAGAAAUUGAUAGCAUUCCCAAAGAACAUAAUGAUAACGCAAUGCAACAAGUGCAAUAUGCAAAUGUUGAAGCCGAUUUGCACAUUGCACGCAAUGACACCGAAUUUGUAGCGAAUAACAUACAGGUUGAAAAUGAGAACCGAGUGAUUGACGAUUCGAUUCGAUCAAACCAAGUGCAGCAGCACCAGCAGCAGCAAUCAGUGCCGGUGGAACAACAACCGAUGCGCAUAAAUGUUGGAUCGUCAACCGAUAUUAGUGCACACAUUAACGCACAAUCGAUGGUUGCACAAGACAAUCACCUCGGUCCACAGAAUCUCGUGUCUCCAAAUGAAGUUGUCAUGCAAGUUGCACCAGGUCAAAUAAAUACAACGCCUGAAGUGUGGAGCCAACAGCAAAUUCAGCAACAGAUUCAACAACAACAACAACAACAGAUUCAGCAGCAACAACAAAAAAUACAGCAGCAACAGCAACAAAUUCAACAGCAGCAACAGCAAAUCCAACAGCAACAAAUCCAACAGCAACAAAUUCAGCAGCAACAACAGCAACAAAUUCAACAGCAGCAGCAGCAGCAGCAACAGCAACAGCAACAGCAACAAAUUCAACAGCAGCAGCAACAGCCACCACCACAGCAAAUGCAUCAGCAGCUUAAUGAAGUUCAUGACUCGAAUGUUCUAAACUAUCAAACGCAAGCCGAUCAUGGUGCAAUGUUAACUGAGCACGUGUCCACCGGUGUUCCAGUGAUGUAUGACAUCAAUGCCAGUGCGGUGCCAGGAUCAAAUGUGACAGUGAAUCAAACAACCGAUCAAAAUGCCCUUGAUAUCGAAGCACAGGCCAUAAACAUUAUCCCUGACACGUCAUCGACUGGUGCGCAACAAGAGCUAGUCCAAGCUUUGCAUACAAUCACCCAAUCAUCCACUUCCAAUGAGCAAAACAUAUUACAAUCGCAUGCACCUGCACCUGUCGUUUCGGCGCCAGCGCCAUCAGCUGUCAGUUAUCCAGCCACGGCUCAGGCUCAGGUGGUCAAUCAACCGACAGCAGGAUUAGUGCCUCAACCAAUUCCACAGCCAACCUCUCAAACAAUUCAACCUCAAUCGAGUCAAGUAGUGUCAACAUCAGUGGCAUCACAAACCACCAAUUUAAUAACGCAACCAGCGAUUGUUUCUCAGCCGAUACAAAAUGCGCAACCGAUUUUGCAAUCCGUUCAAAGUCAACCAAUUCCACAACCUCAACAACCACAAUCACAGCCUCAAAUGGCGAUGUCACAGCAACAGCCAUCGGAGCAAGACCAAUCACAACAGCAGCCACAAUCGCAAGCGCCAGUCGCGAAUAGCGGUAGCAAUACGAAUGUCGCGCCAAGCACAAAAUCGUCCCAAAGUGGCGAAAGCAAAACCCGACGAUCGAACAAAUCAUCGGAGCGUAUACCGAAACUAGUGAUAUUGAGCGUUCAAAAUGGGACACUGGUCGAUUGUUCCAUGGAGAGCAAACUGAAAACCAUUAAAUUCAAAUUUGAUAUUAGCGAUGUGAAUCCAAUUGAUGUAGCAAAUGAUUUGAUAUCAAAGGAAUUGCUAUCAGCGAGCCAAAGAAAUGUGUUUGCCGAUAUGGUGAAGGAUAUCGUGAGGCAACUCAAAUUGAAUCCAAACCAAAUACCCGUGCCGCAGACAACUCACCGCCGAACUGGAAGUGGUCUCGAAAAGGUGAGACACGCGUCUCUAACGAGACAGCGAACAGCUUUUCGAACGCAUCAAAGACAUCGAUCAAAGGAUGAAACUUCGUCGUUAUCGAAAAUGUUCGAUCCAACCAUUUACAGUAUGCAACCGCUACAAGGUGUUCAAAAUACCUCACAGAGUCCAAACAGCACGAAUAAUAACAAUAACAAUAAUAUAAUCAACAAUAAUAACAACAAUGACGUUGUGUCUGACACAAUUAAGCAUUUUCCCGAUGAUGUGAACAAUGCACUUGUUGGAACACCGCAAUCUAUAAACCAUUCCGAGCAUCAGCAAAUGGCUGGACACGAGCUAUCACGCAAAACAAGCACCGCCUCUGAAUGUACGACAAUGUCUGAUUAUACUCCAGAGAAUACAAUUUCGUCGUCAACGACAUCAUCGCCGCCGACCAUUUCAAUGUUCCAACAUAUUAGUGAUAUACCAAGUUCGUUUGAAGCGCAAAAUACGACUCAAUUCAAUGCUAAUGAUGCCAAAGAAUCAAUGACGCUUGCACCUAAUUCGACACUAGACCAAAUGCCAAAGGAAGUUGCCCAAGUGCUUGACGCUUCCGAAAAUGUUUUCGUUCCGCUUCAAUUGGCUCCCGACCAACCGACGCCCGUACAAAAAGCCGGUUUGCCUGAUGGUGGCAGUGGUGAUUUGGUUGCAGACAAUACUGCAUCGAUACCACAUCAAGCACCGGUGACCGUUGUGGCCGUAGAAAGUACACCGUCUAUAGUAGCGACAGAGCCACAAAAGGAUUUGGAAGCCGCUUCGCCGACAAAAGCUCAACCCGUUCGAAAAAUAUCACGUUUCUUAGUUAGCCCCGCAAUAUUAACGGUAACAAAUGAAAAGAGUACUUGCAUUGAAGAGCCAAUGAAAUCGCCGCCGCCUCCAAUAAGCCAGGCGCCGAACGUUGCGAAUGUUUUACAAGGUGAUAUACAUCAAAUUCCAUCACAAAAUCAAGUACCACAGCUGAUCCCAAGUGAUGAACAGCUGCGAACGCAACAACAACAACAACAGCAGCAGCAGCAGCAGCAAUUACAACCGCCACCGGCUGAUGUCACUCAAACGAUCGUUGACUUGACCGAACAGGUGAUCGUCACGAAUUCCGGCGGCCAACAAUUUAUGAAUGCGUCGAAUGUGCUAAAUGUGCCCACGCAACUCAGCGGAAAAAUUGCCGAAUUCAUUUCGGCUGUACAGCCGGAAGGCGCACCAUUUAUCAAUCCAACCGAUAUUAUUUCGCAAUCGAAUGCAAUGGAAACCAAAGAAUUCAUUCAGCAACAAUUGAAGAAACCACUUGGACCGGAUCACAUCAAUACAUUGGAGCAAUUGAAAAUUGAAUUGGAGAACAUUACGCACGUGCAUAUGAUGACCAAAUUCUUAGCGGAAAAUGAGGGAAGCUCAUCUCAACUGUCACCCGAGAUGGGUGGAAAUCAACUUAUUGGUGAAGAUCAAAUGAACAUAGUCAACUAUAUUCCAGGCAACGCGGAAAAUCCACAAGAUAUCAUGCAAGGCGGCUUUGUGAAUCAAGCGAUGCACAUGGAUAUGUACAAUGGGAACAAUAUGCAACCGAAUUAUAUUGACUCCAAUCAGUAUAUCGACUCUAAUCAAGUGAUUCAGCAAUCACAUCAACAACACCAGCAUCAGUAUUCAGCGCCCGAUAGUGUGGCUACUUCAACUAUUACAUCGCCACCAGAAUAUAAUCAGCAAGUAGUGAACUCACCGACAUUGAAUUUACAACCAUUGGAUUUGAUUUCAGCCUUGCAACCAGCACAACAAGCCAAUCAACAAAUGAUUCAUCACCAAAUGAUGUCGCAUCAACCGAAUUCCGGCCAGCAAAAUACAUCGGUCGUUUCGACUCCAACGGGCGAAUACAUGCCACAGCCGUUCCAGAACAUCGAAACAGAAAUUCAGCAAAUGACAAAUAUUGUUCAGCAACCAUUGUCUCAGCAGACCGGUAAUCUGACAUAUUCAGAUGCCGUAAAGCUUCCGAAUCAAGAGCCAACAGGUAAUUUGCAACAUCAAGGCGGUCAUCAUAUGAAUCAAUGGCAAGAGCCUCAGGAAAAUAUGACUGAAAUACCGAACCAAACGAGCACAAUUCCAAAUCAAACGAUGCCAAUGGCAAAUGCAGUCAUUGCACCGCACAGUGAUAUGGAUAUGAUGGCAAAUGCCAAUGUAAAUCAAGUCAUUACGAGGAGCGAACCGGAACGAGUUCCGGAACCAAAUCCACCACAAGUGCGGAAAAUUUCACGGUUCCAAGUAUCGCAUGUGAAAGAAGAGGAUAAAUCCGUGACACUACCGAACAUCAUUCAUGGAGCCGAUGUGCUGUUAGAAAAUUGUUCGGCCGAACAACCAAAACAAGUGCAAGUUGUACACGAUAUGGGUGCACAUAACAUUCAGUCACCGAUCGAUAAUUCGCCCGAUAAAAUUGAGUCAAUGCAACAGCAACAGCAACAGCAACAGCAACAGCAACAGCAACAACAACAGCAACAGCAACAGCAACAGCAACAGAAACAACAACAGCAACACCAACAGCAACAGCAACAACAACAACAACAGCAACAGCAACAGCAACAGCAACAACAACAAGUGCUGCCCCACCAUCAAAUGGCCAAUCAAAUGCCAUCUGAAGUGCCGAUGCAACAAAUGCAACAGCAAUUCAAUCAAGCGCCAGUUUCACAUGAGCAAUCUGUCAUGCAAUCGCAAAAUUAUGCGUCGACACAGCCGAUUCAGUCCCAAAUUCAACAAGCGCCAGGGCAAAACUAUCCAACAAUGGAUCAAUCGCACAUAAUGAAUCAACAAGUGAUGCAACCGCCACCGCAGACGAUGACAUCAAUGGCACCACAGACCACGAUCACAAUGCAGGCGCAAAUGAUUCCAACGCCACAGCCACAACCGGUCGUAUCCCAACCAGCGCCCGUUCCAUAUGUUCCGGAACAAACGAACAUGCAGCAACAACAACAACCACAACAAAUCAGUUACAACCAAAAUCAAAGCCAUACACUUCAACACAAUAUCGAUACUACAGUUGGUAUGAUAGGGAAUAUGAGCUAUCAGCCAGUUUCGCAACCACAAGUUUUACCCGUGGAAAAGCCAUUAUUCACACAAACACUACAGCCACCAGUGCCACAGCCAUCAACUGUUUGUACGCCAUCGGAAAUGAUGACCACAACAAUACCUCAAAACGAAAAAACGGAAAUUAAACACAAUUUGGAAGUAACACGAAAUAUGUUGAGUACGAUGCGUUUGGAGCCAACAAGUCGGCAACGAUUGCAAUUGUUGCUUCAGCGUCAGCACAUUGAAGAGGAGGAAUUACGAUUGCGACACUUUAUGGAAUUGGAAAAGUUUAGAGAACAAAUUACGAGUGAUGAUCAAAAGACAAAUUAGCAGCUAAUUACAUACGAAAUGCCAGAGCCUGAAAUGAGUGAACAGAUGAGAAAUCGCGAUGAAGAUUGUUGAAAUGAAGAAAUGUGAAUGAAAUUGGAGACUGCGGCGCUUCGAAAUAGAGAGAGAGAAAAAACAGGAGAAAAACAAAUGUGAUGCGCAACUUGACCACUACACACCAGACCAAAACGAUUGCUCAAAGCUCAUAGAUAUAGUAUUGAAGAAAAAAAAACAAGUAUAAAUCUAGAAUAGAGUAAAAUAAAAUGGAAAUCUAAGCUUCGGUAACCGCUGAACGGUAUUAGCCUAAAAGUGAGAAAGGGAGAGAAACAAUUAUUUAAAAUGCCAUAACUGAGAGGAAAUGUCGAACAUGUCAACUCAAAAUAAAACCGAACUCGAACGUAGAUGUAAAUGAAUAAAAAAUAAAGAAACAGCAACAAAAGCGCGAUAAUUGUGUAAUAGGAAUAUGAUUGAAGGAAGAGCCACAACAUGCAGAGAAGGUUGUAAAUUAUAUAGGUUUUGUGAUCGCUGUUGCGAUGUAAGGUUGCAGUCUUCCUUCUCUCAAAACAAAAACACUAGUGUGAUUAUAUAAACAAAUUGUCUUUUUUUUUGUAAAAAAAAAACGGAAUUUGCCUAUUAAUUUUGAUGGAUGAAAAAUAUCGGUAAUGCAGCAGCCAAACCAACAAACUACAAAAUAAAAUCAACAACACUAUGUACCAAAAUGAGAUUUGUAUUGCCUAAAUUUUUUUUUUAUUUUUCUGUGCAAACGAAGUUUUUUUUUUAUUGCAAAAUGUUAAGCAAGAAAAAGAAAACCCAAUAGAAUUUUAUGAUUUGAUAAUAAUUGUUGAAGGAGAGAAAGAAUUAAAUGAAGAAAUUGCUGAGAGAGAAUGGAUGUGAAAAAGUGAUUGAUAUCGAAUUUUGUUGAAUUCCAAUUCAUAAAGGAACAAAAGAGAAAAAAAAUUAUGUGAAAUAUCUGUUAAUCUGAGUUUUCUUUUUCUUGCUAUUGUUUGUUUUACCACCGUUCACAUCAUCCAAGAAACACAGUACGUAUGUUUAAAAUGCAUCAUUAAUACGUGACGUCGUCGUAUCCGUGGGAAAUGCAACAAAUUGCGAUUAUAUAGUCUAUCUUUAAGAACGCUCCCUCAAAACAAAAGAAAUACAAUUGUAAAAUGGAAAAUACACACACAUGUUUGCUUUAAAUGUAUAAAAAAACAAAAAACCUAAUAAAUCAAAAAAAUACAAACUGCAA